AUGCAUCUUAUGCUCCUACGUCUCCUAGAGCCUGCAUCUGGUCGCAUCACUAUCGAUGGUCUGGACAUCACGACUCUUCCACGAACCCUCCUCCGGUCCAAGAUCAGAUGCAUAACGCAGGAGUCAUUCAUCUUCUCCGAUACUGUCCACCGCAAUCUCGAUCCUACAGGUGAGGCAUUGAAUGACAGUGACCUGAUCGCCGCCUUAGAACGCGUGGGUCUAUGGAAUGUCAUCUGCCUGAAAGCCAGAAUCUCUGUCAGCUCUGCUCAGUUACCUGAGUCUGAUAUUGAGGGACAGAAUGCAUCUUCGACGGAAAAGAAUCCAUUGGAACUCGUCAUGGAUGAACAGUUUUUAUCACACGACAGUAUUGUCGAUUUUGACCAGGUUGCUGUUUUCAAAGAGGGCCAUGUUGUCGAGACUGGCAAGCCAAAUGUUCUACUACAGGAUGAACAAAGCGUGUUCACAGGACUAUUUCGAAAUGGUGUCUCCAAUUAA